AUGGCGACCAAUCAGCCGUACAGCGCUUCCGGAUCUCGCACCCGUCGCUCAUCCCGCAACCUCGUCCCCAUCGCGCAAGACAGCCAGGAGCAUAUCCCGCUACAGCUACUACGUCCUUCCACCACCUCGCACGUACACCCUGCGCAUAGACUUUCACAGCUACACCAACGCAUACACCACCACCUCCAGCACAAUCCCACCAUGAAGUUCUCACACAGCAUCCAGUUCAACGCCGUCCCCGACUGGGCCGACAAGUACAUCGCCUACUCGAACCUCAAAAAGACCAUCUACCUCAUGGAGAAGGAGCUUCCCUCCGCUCCCAAUGCCGCCUACUCGGACGUCGAAAACGAAUCGUCCGGCCUGCUCCAGGAUGCGCAGAGCACAGAGACCGACCGCGCCUUCGUGCCGCUCCUCGACAAGGAACUCACCAAGAUCGUCGACUUCUACCUCGCAAAGGAGGCCGAGCUGCGCGCCGAUCUGCACAACCUCAACGACGACCUCGAGCGCGUAGAGAGCGAAGACUUUGACGACGACUCCGACUUUGCCAGGAGCGACGACGAGGACGACGACGAGGAUCUCAUCGACACCGUACGCACCGCCAAGGUCAGCGCAGAGCGUCGCUCCAGCAUCGACGACGUCUUUACGCAGCCGCGCAAGUACAACGAGGCUUCGCGUCAGCAGCAGCGCAUGCGCGAAGGCGCGCCCUCGCGCUCUCGCAAGGACAGCCGCGCCACCCUCGACGAAGCCUCCACCGCUGCUGCAGCACGCCCGCCCAACAACCGCAACCGCUCCAGCACCCUCCUCGACCACUCGGCCGACCUCUCCGAGCAGGGCGACACCUCGGGCUUUGCCAAGCGCACACGCAGCAGCUCCAAUGCCAGCCAGUCCGGCUCCAAGGCGCGCUGGGCCAGCAUCUUUGGCAAGAAGCCCGUGCGUCGUCGCUCGCUCGGCAUCGUGCUUGCCGGCGGCGGCGGCGGCGGCGCAGCAGACGAUCCGUCCAACAGCCACGAUCGCCUCGUCCCCGCCUCGAGCGACGCCGGCGACAGCAGCUUUGGCGGCGACGCCAAGAGCAUGUCCAUCUGGACCGCCGACAACGACUACGCCAUCGACAUGCGCAUCACCUUCAAGAAGCGCAUCACCGACCUCUUUGUCGCCAUGUCCGAGCUGCGCCAGUUCGUGCAGCUCAACGAGACGGGCAUGCGCAAGAUCCUCAAAAAGUACGACAAGAUCACCAAAUCCGACCUCAAGGAGCGCUACAUGAACGACAGCCUGCGCACCCAGCCGCCCUUCACCGCCGACGCCAAGCGCGGGCUCGACGAGUGCAUCGACACGCUCAUCCAGCUGUUCGCCAAGGUGGUGACGGCGGGUGAUGUGGGCGCGGCGGCGCAGCAGCUCAAGACGCAUCUGCGCGAGCAGGUGGUGUGGCAGCGCAACACGGUGUGGCGCGAGAUGAUCGGCAUCGAGCGGCGUGCGCAGGGUGCGGCGCUCGAAAGGACCGUCAUGGGUUCCGGCAAGCAGCACGACUUGGAGCCCAGCAAGCCCUUCCGCCUGCGCACGCCGUGCGGCAGCUUCACCGUGCCCGGCUGGUUGAGCAUGAGCACGCUCCACCUGCUCAUCGCCUUCACUGCGCUCGUGGCGCUGCUCAAAGCACCGGGUCUGCGCUUCUUCAACCGCGUCGAGGAGCAAAACUGUCUGGCGAUGCUCGUCUUCUGCACCAUCCUGUGGGCGACCGAGGUGAUCCCGCUGUUCGUCACGUCGCUUAUGGUGCCGCUGCUUGUAGUCACGCUGCGCGUCGCACGCACCGACGACGUCAAGGACCGCCGCAUGACGGCGCCCGAGACUACAAAGUGGAUCUUCUCGCAGAUGUUUGCGCCCAACAUGUGCCUGCUGCUCGGCGGAUUCACGCUUGCGGCGGCGCUGUCCAAGUAUGGUAUCGACAAGAUUCUGGCGACCAAGAUCCUGCGGUUGGCGGGGACGAGGCCGAGCGUGGUGCUGCUGGCGCACAUGGGCGUGGCGUGCUUUGCGUCCAUGUGGAUCAGCAACGUCGCUGCGCCCGUGCUCAUGUAUUCGCUCAUCCAGCCCAUCCUGCGUACGCUGCCGAGCAAGUCGCCGUACGCCUCGAGCCUCAUCAUGGGCAUCGCGCUGGCGUCGAACAUCGGCGGACAGACCUCGCCCAUCGCUUCGCCCCAGAACCUCAUUGCGCUGCAGUACAUGAAGCAACCCGUCGGAUGGCUGCAGUGGUUCGCGGUUACCAUCCCCGUCUCAGGACUAUCGCUGGUGGUCAUCUGGCUGAUUUUGCUCUGGAGCUAUGGCGCGGGCAGGGGGACCGUGAUCAAGAAGCUCGGCGAGAGCAGAGACUCUUUCACCAAGAUCCAGUGGUUCAUCUCGGCCGUCGCCGUGUCGACGAUCGUGCUGUGGUGUGUGGAGAAGAACUUCGAGUGGAUCGUCGGCGACAUGGGCAUUAUUGCGAUUGUUCCCAUGGUGCUCUUCUUUGGCACGGGCAUCCUCACCAAGGAGGACUUCAACACGUUCCUCUGGACCGUCGUCUUCCUGGCGAUGGGCGGUAUUGCGCUGGGUAAGGCUGUGACGUCGUCAGGAUUGCUCGAAUCGCUUGAUGACUUGAUUCAGGAGAUCGUCAAGGAGCUUCCGUUGUGGCAGAUCAUUGUCGCCCUGCUUGGGAUCGGUCUGGUCGUGGCGACGUUUAUCAGCCACACCAUCGCUGCGGUCUUGCUUGUGCCUAUUGCGGCCCAGGUCGGCGAGAGCCUCGACACCCCGCAUCCACGACUGCUCAUUAUGGCUACGACGCUCGUGGCGUCGGCAGCCAUGGGGUUGCCCGUCAGUGGGUAUCCCAACCAAAUCGCCGUGUCCAUGGAGGACGAUCUCGGAGACCGCUACGUCUCCGUCAAGGACUUCCUCAAGGUCGGCGUACUGGCGUCCGUCGUCGCCACGCUCAUCGUAGGCACCAUCGGCGUCGUCAUCAUGUACGCCCUCCAAUUCUAG